CUUAGACCAGUAUUUGGAAAAGGAACUCCUGAAAUUUAUAAGAAAUUAGCAUAUAAAUGUAUGAAUGCUAAUUCAAUUGAAAGACCAACAGCUGAUGAAUUAUAUCAAGUUGUAAAUUUUUGGAAUGAUAUUCUUAAUGGUAAAAUUUUAGGGUAUGUAGGAAAAGAAAUCAAAGUUAUGUUUGAAGAUGCUGAUAAAGAAAUACCAAAUACUAUUUCAACUUUAUAUGAAUCGAAUCCAGAUGCUAAACUUACUUGUCAAGUAUUUACAUUUAGUAAUUUGCCAAAACCUGUUAAUUCAUCUAUUAUUACUUCAUACAUUGAUGAAAUAUAUAAUAAAGAAGAUAAUCAGAUUGAUAAUAAGAUAUGUUCUUAUUGUAAUAACCCAUUUACUGAAAAAUUAUGGUGCAAAGAAUGUGAUCCAUACUGUAUAAUAGAAGGAUGGACUAGCGGAAACUUAA